UGGGGUUACUUGCUAGUCUUUCUCAGAUAUAGUCUUUCGCUUUCCUAAAGACAAAUUUUAAAGGGGAAAAGAAAGCGAUAUUUCGAGUGAUUUCCUAAUGGUUAUUACUAAUAAAUGAUGAAUGGAAAUGAGCAUAUAUAUAAAGGUAGAGUCGUAGGGACCUAGUACGUUAGAUUCCAUGCUUCUGGGUUUCACUCAUCUAUAGUAUCUACUAACAAUUUCAACCAUACCUUAGGCGUCUAUUUUUCAUUUGUUAGAGUCAUGUUCUUGCGUUUGAUUAUGUGAGAAUUCUAGUGGGACCUCUUUAUUUGAUGGAUCUGAAUCCUGGAUUCAUCAUAUACAUACCUAAGGAACCUAAUGAGUAUUGAGCGAAAAACAGAAGAGAGACUGAGAGUGAGAGAGAAUACAGUGUGCGUGAGGUCACGGGAAAUUUGGAAUGGAUGAUAUUAACAGUCUAAUUGGGAUCCUAAAGAGGAUUGAGAGAAAAAAAUAUUCAAUUUUAAUGAAUAUUUGAUGUUCUGAUACUCUUGCAUGUUUGCCACUUGAUAGUUUAUGGUUACGGGGUGGUGAACAGGUGUUUCAUUUGGGUCGUUCAAUGAGUGGGCCUCAUGAGCACAUUCGCAGAUACCAGUUUUGAUCGAAUGAUCUUUAUCAUAUGAAUCGAAUGGCUAGCAAUUUAGGUUUCUGUUAUGUUGAUGUACAUGGAGCCACUAAUUGGACGAUCUGGAUCAACCAGAAAAAGUGCACCACUUGGACCUUGAGGGUUAAAAAAUGGUUUCAUAUUAUUUUGUAUAAGUGGUCCACCCAGAUUCCAGUAGGCCACCACUCGGUAGAGUUCUUUGGACGGCUCAGGCUGGUCCACACAUGCACUGGUGGGUUAGGUAAGGCUGAAAGGGACUUCGGGCCCAAUCCAAAACUGACGGUCUAUUAUACUCAAUUUGGGUCAGCCGUUAUUGGUUUGUUUGGAAGGUUAGGGCCGCCCCCUUAAUUUCUGUAUAAGAACGCCCAGCGAAAUUUGUGAGUACGAGUUCAUCCUGAUGAAGUGAUACCCUCAAUAGGCUGAGAUUGGAUGCGCUGCAAUAACUGGUCGUACGGGUGACAUUCAACACUUUUUUUUUUUUCUAAAUUACUCCACUCCGCCAAUGUAAUGGUAGAAAGUGGAAUAAAUGUUGAAUGUUCACGGUGAACGCACGAGCAGCUAGCGGAUUCAUUCUUGUGGGUGGCGUGUGUACCAAUAUAUUCUAUAUUCGAAAACGGAUCAGCUGGUUGUGUAAUCACCUGGUCGUUGGAUAUUGGAUAUUGACUCGUAUGACCGGAUGAUUGAGCAGCGUAUCCUAUCACUACUUAUUCUACGUUGUUGUUGCCUUCAUGCCUUGUGUAAUGCGAUUCUAUAGUUAAACGUCUAUAAUGGUUUCCCAGGCUUGAGAAGAACGUACGUUUACUUGCAAUACGAAGUGGUUUUUUUCCUUUCUAGAAAGCGAGAUAGCCAUGGAAGAGGAAGUCCAAGCAAGUCCAGAAGUCCAGACGAAGGUGGCCGAGAGCCCGGCCGAGGGCGAUGUGCAAGUUAAGGUACUGCAACGGGCGAACUCAGGUGUUACUGUGCAGCACUGGAUCAUGGUGGAAAGAAGUGAAGAAGAGAUGCUAGCAAAGGGGUCGUUAGAGAAAGAGGUAAAAGGAAACAAGGAAGAAGAAGAAGCUUCUCUAGGUGGAGAAUUCAUAAAAGUGGAGAAGGAAGGAUUAGAGUUAAAAGACAGUUCCCAUUCAACUGAAGCAGCAGCAGUGGGAGAUAAACCAACAGUCAUGGAAAGAAGCUCAAGCAAUUCAAUGGCUAGUAGAGAUUUGUUAGAAUCCCAAGAGAAGGUUAAAGAAAUUGAGUUUGAAUUGGAAAAAGUGAUUGGAGAAUUGAAACAUUCUGAAUCUGAAAAUGCUAGGCUGAAGGAGGAGGUUCGACUUUCAAAGGAAAAGCUCGAAGAAAGUGUGCAGCACUGUGAAGAGCUUGAACUUGGUCAGAUAAGAUUGCAAGAGCAGAUUAUACAAGUAGAGCAAAAGUACCAUUCACAGCUCAACACUCUCCAAGAGGCAUUGCAAGUGCAUGAAGAAAAGCAAAAGGGCUUGACCAAUGCAAAAGAAGCAUUGGAAGUGCUCACGGUAGAGCUUGAGAGCUCAAAAAAGAAGAUGCAGCAGUUAGAGGAAGAGCUGCAAUCCUUGGCAGGUGAGGCACAGAAAUUUGAGGAGCUGAGUAGGCAGAGUGGUUCACAUGCUGAUUCUGAGACAAAAAGGGCUUUAGAGUUUGAGGGGCUGCUUGAAGUAGCAAAACUGAGUGCAAGAGAGAUGGAAGAUCAAAUGGCUUCUCUACAAGAAGAACUUAAGGGCCUCUACAACAAGAUUGCGAAAAGUCAGCAUGUUGAAGAAGAACUAAAGAACACUGCAGUACAGCUCUCUGUAGUUGAAGGGGACUUGAUGCUUUCUCAAGAACAACAGCUGGAUCUGGAGCAGAGGCUUUCUUCCAAGGAAGCUAUCAUAAAUGAACUGUGCAAAGAAUUGGAUCUAAACAAGACAUCAGAAGCACAGGUGAAGGAAGAUAUAAUGGCUCUAGAGAAUAUGUUCUCCUCGACCAAGGAAGAUCUUCAGGCAAAAGUUGCUGAGUUGAAAGAAAUCAAAUUGAAACUGCAUGAGGAAAUGGAAAUGAGAAAAAUGGUCGAAGAUGGCUUCAAAAACCAGUGGACUCAGCUCCCAACUGUUCAGGAAGAAUUGGCUAAAGUGAAUGGAGAGAAAGAUGCUCUAGAAGCAGUUCUAGCCAAUCUUAACAGUACAGUAAUGCAAAUGAAGGAUCUGUGUAUUGAUCUUGAGACCAAGUUGAAGUUAUCAGAUGAAAAUUUCUGCAAAGCAGAUUCUCUUCUAAGUCUAGCCUUUUCUAGUAAUGCAGAGCUGGAACAGAAGUUGAAGUCUCUUGAAGAGUCCCAUCAAGAAUCUGGAGUAGCUGCUGCUACUGUUACGCAAAGGAACAUGGAACUUGAGGAUAUCAUCCGAGCAUCAAAUGCAGCAGUAGAAGAAGCAAAGUCACAUCUUAGAGAGAUUGAGAUGCGGCUGAUAGCAUCAGAACAGAAGAAUACUGAGUUUGAGCAACAGAUGACAAUGGCUGAACUAAAAAGUAGCAAUGCUGACAGAGAACUUAAAGAAUUCUCUGAGAAAACAUCUGAGCUCGGUGCUAUGUUAGGAGCGGCUGAGGAAGAGAAGGCACAGUUGAAGAACCAAAUGCAAGAGGACGAAGGUAAGAUAACCCAAUUGGAGUCAGUUUUGAACCAAUCAUCUUUGAGAAACUCAGAGCUUGAACUAGAACUGAAGGAUGUCACAGAGAGAUGUGCUGAGCAUGAAGGCCGAGCCAAUAAGACCCAUCAACGCAGCCUUGAAUUGGAAGAGCUGAUCCAGAUGUCUCAUUACAAAGUGAAGGAUGCUGGCAAAAAAGUGGGUGAUUUGGAGUUUCUGCUACAAGCAGCGAACCACAGAGUACACGAACUUGAAGAACAGAUAAGCACAUUAGAAGCAAAAAGUGGAAAUUCUGAAUCAGAAUCCAAACAAUUCUCCCAGAAGGCUUCUGAACUUGCAGUAGAAGUAGAGGCUUUGCAAGAAAAAGCAUUAAGCCUUGAAAAUGCAAUGCAAGCAGCGACCGAGAAAGAAAGGGAAUUAAAUGAAUGCUUGGGUGUAAUUACUGAAGAGAAGAAGAAGUUUGAAGAUGAAUUGAAUAGUUCCAGCAAUAAAAUUUUGGAAGCUGAAAAUAUGCUAGGAGUCUUGAAAAAUGAACUGAAACUUACACUAGAGGAACUGGAGAGCAUAGAGCAAGAUUGUAAGGCUUCUGGAAUUAGAGAGAGUGAGAUACUGGAGAAGCUUAAAUCUGCUGAAGAGCUGUUAGAGGAACAAGGAAUAGUAAUAGAGCAGGGUAGGUCAAGAAACUCAGAGAUGGAGUCAAUAAAUAAAUCUCUAGCCAGGAAUUCCGAGCUAAAGCUUCAGGAAGCAAUAGCAAACUUCACCAGCAGAGAUUCUGAGGCUAAAUCCUUGUAUGAAAAACUGAGGAGUCUUGAAGAUCAAUCCAACUUUUAUGAAGCACAAGCAGCUGAAGCAGCUGAAAGAUCAGCCUCUUUGAAGGUUGAUUUGGACAAGAGUCUGAUGAAACUAUCAGCUCUGGAAAGCACCAUUGAUGAUCUCAAAAGAAAGGUCUUGGAAGCAGAAGAUAAAGCUGCCCAGUCUUUCUCAGAGAAUGAACUGUUAGCUGAGACUAACUUACAGCUCAAAAACAAGAUUAAUAAGCUUCAAGAACUGUUAAGUUCUGCUUGUGAUGAGAAGGAAGUAACUGCUCAACAACUGGCUUCACACAUGAAUAGCUUAACUGAAAUGAAAAAUCAACAGUCAAGAGCCUUGGAAGUUCAAUCUACCACUGAAUCCCGAAUCAAGGAGGCUGAAAUGCAGUUACAAGGAGCCAUUGAGAGAUUCACUCAGAAAGAUUCAGAAGCAAAAGCCUUAAAUGAGAAGCUGAAUGCUUUUGAAACCCAAGUAAGAAACUAUGAAGAACAGACUCAUGAAGCAUUUGCUGUUGCAGAAACUCGAAAACUCGAGUUAGAAGAAGCUUUACUGAAAUUAACGGUUCUGGAAAACGCUUUUGAAAAAACAAAAUCUAAAGCUGGUCAAUUUGAGAAAGAGCGCAAAGAUCUAGUCGAGGCAAAUAUGAAACUUACCCAGGAACUUACAGCCUGUGAAUCCAAAAUGAAUGAUCUACAAACAAUGCUAUCAUCAAUCCUUCUCGAGAAAGAUGAAACUCUUGAACAGUUACAAUAUUCAAAGAAGGCAAUGGAAGAUUUGACAAAACAGCUCACAGCUGAGAGGCAAAGCCUAGAUUCUCAGAUAUCUUCACUUAUGGAAGAGAAUAACCUGCUUAAUGAAACACACCAAGGUGCAAGAAAAGAAGUUCAAACAGUGAUAGUCCAACUAGAAGAGCAACUGAGGGAACAGAAGGCAAGGGAAGUUACCUUUUAUGGAGAGCUGGAAAGUCUUAAAGCCACACUUACUGAGAAAUCUCUGUUGCAAACUCGGGUCACUGAACUUGAACAACAAUUGAUGUUGACUGAGAGUCAACUGAAAGAAGAGGUUGAAAAAGUUAAAGUGGUGGCUGCUGAAAAAGAGGCUGCACUCACUAACAAAUUAGAUGAGCAUGUACUCAAGAUCCAGGAUAGAGAUGCUCUAGGCGAACAAGUACUGCAACUUCAGAAGGAAUUGGAUCUCGCACACUCGGCCAUUGAUGAACAGAUAAAAGUUGUAUCUAGGAAAGAGCUCGAACAAGAAUCUUCUGUCAAGCAUUCACUCGAGGAGCUUGAGACAAAGAGCCAACAAAUCAUACUUUUGGAAAAGCUAGUUGAAGAACUCGAGAAGCAACUGCAGCUUGCCGGUGAAAAAAUAAAAGAAAAGGAUGAGGAAGAGAAAAAGCUCGCUCUUGUCAGUGCAGAAUUGGAUAAUUUGAAGAAUAGAUCUAGUCAAACUAUUGAGUUAGAAAAGAAGAUUGGCGAACUUGAAAACAAGCUGAAGUUUGCAAGUAGCAAUGCCAAGGAUCAGGGUGAUCUAGGAGGUCCAACUGCGUUGAAGGAUGGACUGGAGGUGAAAUCAAGAGACCUUGGAUCAACUGUGUCAACUCCAUCAAAAAGAAAAAGUAAGAAAAGAACAGAAACAAUCUCUCCUCAAGCAACGUCUUCUUCCGGCCUUCAUACUGAAAUCCAUGAGGUUUCUCCUAUCAUGACCUUAAAGUUCAUCAUGGGAGUAGCAUUGGUAUCAGUGAUCAUAGGCAUUAUUCUUGGAAAGCGAUAUUAGUCUCUUGUGUAUAUAUUUCUCUUUUACUUUCUCAGUUUGUUAGUUUCUGCAAUGCCAAGGAAAGCUUGUUAGUCUCUUUUAGGAAGUCGGGGUAGGGUGUUUGUUUUUAUUUCAUCCCUACCCUAGUGCAGGGCCAUUAUAUUUGUGUUCUGUAUUACUAUCUGGAGUCGGCUUUGCAUAUAUAUCUUAUGUCCAGUUAUUUUGUAAGAUUUCAGGUCAAGGCUAUGAAAGAUUGGCCCUUCAGUUCA